AUGACCCGUCGAAAUGCUCCAUUUGUAUGGCCAGGCGACCCCGAUGAGCGCACAUGUCCAGCCUGUGAUAGGGAGUUCAGGACAGCGCAAGGAAUGAUGGCUCACUUGAGCACGGCGAGGUCUUGCAGAUGGUAUAAUAAAGGGAAGAACAGAGACCCAGUAUCGCUCGCGCCAGAAGUUAUUGAAAACAACGAACAAGUCAACGACCCUGCUGCCGGGCGAAUGGACGUGGACCCCGAUGACCUUCUGGAUGUUCUCCAGAAUAGAGACCUAUUCAGGUUCGAUCUCCCUGACGAUCCUCUUCCUUCACUCUCUCAGAACGACGGAGAGCCCGAGGCGUCUUCAUCCAAUUGUCAGCCUGUCCGGCCGCCCUUGCGGCCCCCCCAUAUGCCAGAGUUGGACGACGAAGACGACACAAGAUUGGAAGAAGAAGACCUUCUCGCCGGGAAGGUUAUACGAAUGGAGGAGACGAUUGUGGAGACGUGGAGAGCCUAUUUUGGAGAAGAGAGCGAGGAUUUGGAGGUGGAUGAGGACGACAGAAUGGACCAAGACAAAAAUCAGAAGUGGAGGCCUUUUGCUUCCGAGCUGGACUGGCGAGUGGCCAUGUGGGUUAUUCGAGAGGACGUGGGCCAGAAGGCCAUGAACAGAUUUUUAUGCAUACCUGGCGUUGUCGAGAAGCUCGGCCUAACCUUCAAAGAUGUUCGGGAGCUUUUUAUGAGGGUUGAUAGCAUACCCGACAGAGCCUCGUGGAAGAUGUCCUCGUUGUCGUUCCCAGACAGACCAGAUGAGAUGCACCUAGUGCGAUAUCGAGACAUUUUGGAGGCAAUUCAGGCACUUCUUGGCAACCCAUCAUACGCAAAACAUAUCGUGUAUCGACCCAAACGAGUCUUUGCCGACCGGUCUCGAAUGAAGCAGAUCUUCACGGAGAUGUGGAUGGGGCUAUGGUGGAAUUCUGUGCAGGUCGGUCUAUUUUAUGUCCACUCCUGA